AAUCCAGAGUUAUCUUUGUUUCUACUUAGCUUCUUUAUUUCAUUGUUCUGUUCCUCUUAUCCUUCUUCUUAUCAACCUCCUUGUUCUUUAUAACAAUUGUGUGACUUUUCUGUUUAGAAUGUUUUCUUUUGUGGAUUUGUUAAUUUGGGAGUAAAGAUAAUUAAUUUUUAGUGAACUGAUUAGAAUUAUAAGUUUAAUUAUACAGAAUAAAAUAAUAUACCUGAAGGUAAAAUGGAACUUUUGACAUGGAGUUUGGCUGUAAUUAUCAGUUUGCUUGGAUUUUUCUACAUGCAUAUAACUAAAAACCGUGGAUACUGGAAAAAGCGUGGUGUCAAAGAAAUCGAGUACGCCUUUCCUUUUGGAAGCAUUAAAGAUAGGUUUCUUAUGAGAAAGUCAUUUCAUGAAUUUUAUGCCGAGAUGUGUUACAAGUAUUAUGGUGAGCCUUAUAUAGGAUUUUAUGAAGGGUCUCGGCCAGUCUUGAUGAUCCAGGACCCAGAUAUUCUAAGAAGCGUGAUGUCUAGCAACUUUGACCACUUUGUAGACAGAGGGGCUCCUAUAGUUAAUAAGUACCCACAUAUUGCUAAAAUGAUGUUAAUACUCAAUGGAAAAGAGUGGAAACAAGUCAGAUCGAUUGUGGCACCAGCGUUUUCAACUGGGAAAAUCAGAAAGAUGCUCGACACAAUUGAACUAUCUUCUCAAGACCUAAAACAAUACAUAACAAAAAUCAUUAAAGAAAAUGGGGGAGAAUCAACAGGUCCAAUAAACGUACCUGAAACUAUGCGUAAAUUCACUCUGGAUGUCAUUGCCAGUACUGCUUUUGGUGUGACAUGCAAGAGUUUUGAAAAUGAAAGUUCUGAAUUUUCAAACAAAAUAGCCAAUUUCCAUAAUAUAUCAAAUAUAGCUAGAAUGGUAAUUAUAUUGAUAAUUUCCUUAGAAGUACCUAAUAUUAUAACAAACCUACUUCCAGUAUCUUUGUUUAACCAUGACACAGUGACAUAUUUGGCCAAAGUUGUAAAAGAGACGACAAAGUACAGAUUAGACAACAACAUGAGGCGAAAUGAUUUUCUUCAGCUGUUAAUGGAUGCACAAAACAUAUCUUCAGGAGAGGAAGACGAAAAUCAAACUGGAGAUGGUAUAAGCGAAGAUACAGCAAUUGCUCAGUCUGUGCUGUUUCUUGUCGCUGGUUAUGAAACUUCGAGCACUUUGUUAACAAUGGCUUGCUACGAGCUUGCACAGAACCUCCAAAUUCAGGAGAAACUUCGAUCUGAAAUCAAAGUAAAACUGGAAUCGGCUUCUGGGAAGUUGUCUUAUGAUGAUUUGAAUGAUCUUCCAUACCUUGAUAUGGUUCUUGCAGAAACACUUCGUUUAUACCCGCCUAUAGGAAGAGCAGAAAGGAUCUGUACGAAACCAAUAAAACUAGGAGAUCUGUACAUUGAAAAAAACUUAAAAAUGUGCGUAUCAAUUGUGGGCAUACACAUGAACCCAGAUUAUUAUCCAGAGCCCAAGGUUUUUAAGCCCGAGAGGUUCAGCGAUGAGGAAAAAGCCAAGAGACAUACUUAUGUCUACCUGCCAUUUGGUCACGGGCCGAGGCAAUGCAUAGGGUCUAGGUUUGCCCAGAUGACGGUUAAAUUGUGCCUGGCCCAUAUAAUUAGUAAUUUUAACAUAAAUAUUUGCGAAAAAACAAAAAUUCCAUUUGAGUACGAUAAAAAAUCAAUAUUUCUGAAGUCGUCUACAGGAAUUUAUUUACAAUUUUCGCACAAUUAAAUGGUUUAAAUAGAACAAUUUACUGGACAUUGAUUUUAAUCUGAACAGCAAGGGUGUGGUCUGUGUUCUCAUUUUAUGACACAAUUUAGUUUAUAAAAAUGACAAUUAUAUCUUGAUUUGAUUGGUAUCAGUCUUAAUAUUAUAAUUGUGUUUAAAAAUUUGAGAUAAGGGAGAUUUUGAAUGAAAAAAAUGUUCCUUCAUCAAGCUUUUGAGAAAUACAUUCCCUACAUCAGGACUUUAAAACUAUACUCUAUAUAAAUAUAGCUAAUAUAAAUAUAUAUACAUAUACUACUCUAUAAAAUAUAUAGAUAGAGUAAAA